AUGGAACAUCGUACAGAAUCUAAUUUCUCUAACUCCUCUAUGAACGACCAACUUGGUGCUUCAACUACUUCAUCUCGAUCUUAUUUAUCAAAAUAUAUUCGUGGACGUCGAAACAGACGAGAAUUGAAACGUAGAAUGCAAACAUCAUUAUAA